AGGCCCAGCAGCCACAUGAGUGAGCGCAAGAGCGCCAGGAGGCACGGCGGGAAGCGCGAAUCCCGGGAGCCGAAAGAGCCACGGGAAUCGCGGGAGGUGAAGGAAACACGGGAGUCGAAAGAACCGCGAGAAUCUAGGGAACUGCGAGAGCCCAAAGAAUUGAAAGAACCGCGAGAAUCACGAGAACCAAAGGAGUCGAAAGAACCGCGAGAAUCACGCGAGUCAAGGGAGGCCCGAGAGGCUGCUUCAGCUUCUCAAACAGCCGAUGGCGGGGGAGGUUCCACGUCCGACUCUCCCACGGCCCUGCUAGAGUGGGUCAAAGAGUUCCUCGCCAAAGCCAAAGAAGACUUCUUGAAGAAAUGGGAGAACCCAGCACAGAACACUGCGGCCCUUGACCAGUUCGACCGGUUGAAGACAUUGGGCACGGGCUCGUUCGGGCGGGUCAUGCUGGUGCGGCACAAAGAGACGGGCCAGCAUUCUGCCAUGAAGAUCCUCGACAAACAGAAGGUAGUGAAGCUCAAACAGAUAGAGCACACGCUGAACGAGAAGCGCAUCCUCCAGGCAGUCAGUUUCCCCUUCUUAGUGCGGUUGGAUCACUCCUUCAAGGACAACACAAACCUGUACAUGAUCAUGGAGUACGUCCCCGGCGGAGAGAUGUUCUCUCAUUUAAGGAGAAUCGGCAGGUUUAGUGAGCCCCACGCCCGAUUCUACGCCGCCCAGAUUGUCCUGACCUUCGAGUAUCUCCACUCACUGGACCUCAUCUACCGAGACCUGAAACCUGAGAACCUGCUCAUAGACCAGCAAGGUUACAUACAGGUAACAGAUUUUGGUUUCGCGAAACGGGUCAAAGGUCGGACUUGGACGCUGUGUGGCACCCCAGAGUACCUGGCCCCCGAAAUCAUCCUCAGCAAAGGUUAUAAUAAAGCAGUCGACUGGUGGGCUUUGGGGGUGCUCAUAUACGAGAUGGCCGCAGGUUAUCCCCCAUUCUUUGCUGACCAGCCCAUUCAGAUCUACGAGAAGAUCGUCUCGGGAAAGGUGCGCUUCCCGUCACACUUCAGCUCCGACCUGAAGGACAUGCUGCGUAACCUGCUGCAGGUAGACCUGACCAAGCGAUUCGGCAACCUCAAGAACGGCGUCAACGACAUCAAGGGCCACAAGUGGUUCGCCACCACCGACUGGAUCGCCAUCUACCAGCGGAAGGUUGAGGCUCCUUUCAUCCCCAAGUGCAAAGGUCCUGGAGACACCAGCAACUUCGACGACUACGAGGAGGAGGAGAUCCGGGUGUCUUUCACAGAGAAGUGCGCAAAGGAGUUUGCAGAGUUCUGAGCGCACCCAGGUGCAGCAGAGGCAGAGAGGGGACAAAGAGGAAGAAACAAAAUGGAGGAGAGGAACAGAGAAAGAGCAAAGGGUUGAGGGGGGGCCUAAAGGUGGAAAAAAAAAAAAAAACAGGACUGCCGACCUGCACGUAGAAAGAACGACAACAACAAUGUACAACCCCCCCCACCCACCCCCCUCCCUCCCUCCUGCCCUUCCUCGGAAGGAGCGAUGAAGUCGUCCAGAAAGAGCCAGCAGUGUUGCCUUCUCAGAUAGUUUCUUCACCUGUUACUUAUCCAUUUAAUGUUUUUCCUUUCCUCUUUCCUGCUCUCGCUCUCUUUCUAUCUCUUGGUCUUUGGUGGCAGAGAUGCAGUCCACUUUUUUUCUUCUCGUAAUGGGUUGUCAUCGUUUUUGUUUCUUUGUUUUUUUUUUUUCACAUCAAGGCAGAUUGACACUGUCGGGUCACUGCAGCAGGUUUCAGGCCUUGACGUCUACGUGGUACUGGGUUUCAGCCUUCCCAGGGUGGGCCAUCUCUGGAGGUGCUUGUCAGUGAACAAGGGCAUCACAUCACUGCUUGGUUGUUAGAAUCCUUACUAUGUCUCAUCUGGACACACACACACACACACACACACACACACACGCACACAUUCCCAGUCUGCCCUUGCUCCUUUUCCCUCAACCUGCCCAAGCAAUACAAGUUCAAGUUCAACUAUAAUGUGCCUGUCAUGAUGCCAGCUUUUUCAGUGGCCGUGUUGGAAAGCACUGCCGCUGGGAUUCAGCUUGCAGUGGCAGCGAACCCUUUCUGUUUUUCUCGGAAAUUGAAAUCAUGACACCCAAACGCACCACACACACACAAACACACACACACACACACACACCCAUUAUGUGUUUUAUUGUGGCACGAUUUUUUUGUACUUGUAAUACUUUCUUUUUUCUUUUUUUUUUUUUUUCCCCAGCGCUUUCAGUUCCAUCACUGUUGACCACUUGAAAAGCAAGACUAGAUUUGAGUCAUGUACCAAAAGUUGGUCUCUCCACAGGUUUGUCAUGUAGGUCUUAAUUGUCUUGGGGACCUGUCACUUAGCAAACCUAUGCUCAGCCUUUUAUAGGGAUAAUUAUGUCUGUCUGCUCUCUUGAAUGAGUUGUGUUUUUUUUCUUUUUGUUGAGAACCCUUAUGAGAAUAAUGUGUCUUCUUAAGUGUGUGUGUGUGUUUAGUGAUUUGGAGAUGGAAUUUAAAACAUGGUUUCCUUUUUUAAUGUUGUCACCACCUUUUUUAUUAUCAAUCCUGAGCAUAGGCUCUCGUAGCACAUAAAUAUACAUUAAUGUGUACGUGAAGACUCCACACCCUACCAUUCACACCCUUCUCGUUUUCUCACCUUUGUGCGAUAGCUGUUGGGGGAGGGGGGGAUGAAGUUUAAUUUUUAACUGAAGUUUAAUUAAGUUCUUGUUUGUUUGUUUGUUUG